AUGACCGAGCCAACGGGUCUAUUAGUGGACACCCCUCAAAAUCCGAUCAAAAGCCUCAAGACUUAUGCUGAAGAAGCCAACCUGAAACUGGACUUUGAUCCAGACGCAAUAGUCAAGAAGUAUGAUGAGGAAAGGGGGCGGAGGCUCCGACCAGACAACAUUUCUCAAUACAACACCACACGGAGCUCGGACUAUUUCAAAAGUUUUCUCACCGACCUGUAUGCUCGCCCAGAUUUCAACCGCAACCCCGUCAAGGCCAAGUAUGAAGUUGUCGUCAUUGGCGCCGGCUACACUGGUAUUGGGCUGGUGGCUUCUCUACGUGAGAAAGGUAUAACGGAUGUUUGCGUAAUUGAAAAGGGCGACGGAGUCGGUGGCACAUGGUACUGGAACCGGUACCCAGGCGUGCAAUACGACAUUGAAUCGUACAUCUAUAUGCCUAUGCUAGAGUCUGUCAACUAUUUCCCGAGCUUGAAAUAUGCAUAUGGCUACGAAAUUCGAGCCCAUGCUGAAGCCCUUGCGAAGAAGUACGACGUGUAUUCCAAGACUCUGUUCCAAACAGAAGCCGUCAAAUUAAGUUGGAAUGAUGAGUGCGGCCUCUGGAGAGUGGAAACCAGUCGAGACGACGAUAUUCAGGCGAAGUGGAUUAUCCCUGCUCCAGGACCCUUCCAGCUACCCAAGUUCCCUGGCAUUCCCGGCAUCGAGAGUUUUAAGGGGAAGACCUUCCACAGCUGCCGAUGGGAUUGGAAGUAUUCUGGUGGUACCCCAGAGCAGCCAGAUCUUACAGGCCUCGCCGACAAACGCGUCGGCAUUAUUGGCACGGGUGCCACAGGUGUCCAGCUUGUCCCACGCCUGGCGGAAUGGGCCAAAGAAUUGUACGUGUUCCAACGUACGCCCAGUUCAAUCGAUUACCGCAAUAAUCGGUCCACAGACGAGGAAUGGGCGAGAUCUCUGAAACCUGGGUGGCAAGAGGCAAGACAGGUAAAUUUCACCACUCUCGUCAACGGCGGACACGCUGAAGAAGACCUGGUGAACGACGGCUGGACAGACGUCCUACGCAACCUGCCUGGAUUCCUUGGAGGAGGCGAGAGCAUCGAAGACCCCGGGGCGAUGAAGGCGAAAAUGCAACUGGCCGAUCUGCAAAAGAUGCAAUCUAUACGGAGUAGAGUCGAUGCCUCAGUCAAAGACCCAAAGACCCGAGAAGCACUUAAGCCAUGGUACAACCAGUUCUGCAAGCGCCCGUGCUUCCACGACGAAUACUUGCAAGCUUUCAACAAAGCGAAUGUCCAUCUGAUCGACACUGAAGGGAAAGGAGUCGAGCAGGUGUACGACAAAGGCCUCGUUGCGAACGGCACUAAGUACGAACUCGACUGCGUCAUCUACGCCACGGGUUUUGAGUGGGCUACCGACUUCAGCGCCCGUGCGGGAGCGCAGAUCUACGGUCGAGGAGGUGUAAGCCUUUCGGAGAAGUUCAAGGAUGGCGUCACGACGUUUCACGGCUGGGGAGUGAACGGAUUUCCAAAUAUGGGUCUGGUUUCCAUUCACCAGUCCGGCUCGUCGCCCAAUUGGACUCAUAAUUCAUUCGAAAUGAAUAAGCACAUUGUCCACAUCAUAACCGAAGCUCGGGUCAGUAGCAUAAAAGAGCUAGAGCCGACUCAAGAAGCAGCAGAUGCAUGGGUCGAGGAGUGCAUCAAGGCUGGGGGAGCUCGUAUUGAGUUUCUACGUUCAUGUACUCCCGGAUACUAUGGCGACGAAGGCAAGAUUGACAAUAAGCUAACGAAAUCGCAGCCUUUCUUAGCUGGCGGCUCGACUUUCUUUAGGAUCCUCGACAAUUGGCGCAAGGAGGGGAAGCUGAAAGGCCUUGAUAUCAAGUAUGGACAGUCUUCGGCUACUCCAUAG